AUGGUAUUCAUCUACCAAAAUCGUCUUCAGACUGUCAUCACCGGACCGGUGUACCUUUAUCGUCCAGGAGAUAGCGACUUCGUGCCCAAAGGAGUCGGAUACUGGAACGGCCUCAACUCCUCCGAUCCUCAAAAUACCAUAACUUGCCCCGAUAUCCAUCCCAAAGGAUAUGGCUACCGCGUCGUCAUCGUCCCAGACCGUGACUCUCCUGCCCGAAAGCCGCAACAUAGCCUCACGUUUCCCAUCGUGUCUCAAUCUUGGCUCACUACGGGCUACGACAAGGUCUAUCUCUUUGAACCCACAAGCGUCCAUGACGAUACCAAGUGGAGCUCUACUGGAAAGCAGCUACUCGCUUGGCAGGACACGAAUCACACGUUUGAUGAGUUCGAUGUGUGGCUGCACAAGAGCGCGGACGUGACUUGGGGUCCGAAACUUCUCACACACGUUGUGAACGCUAGCUGUCCGCUGGCACCAGCAACCGGGAGCUGCUCAGCUAUAGAGUACUACUUCGAGUACCACAAGCAGCUACCGAAGGGCGAAGGCUGGCAACUUGUGUUCCAGCAGGGGAGGCAGGAGAAGAGGGUGUUUGCCGUGUCAGGGUUGAUCGAGAUUGUUGAUAGCCCGGUGACGACGAACACUUUUCCGUAUUCUUGGACGCCCAUUAGGACGAUUGCCAGCGAAGCUACUACGAGAUGAACGUGUGGUGUGGGCGCCAUGGACUUCUACGGUUUACGUUAUCAAUGGACCUUCUACUACUGUUGAGAUUAUACUGCACAUAAGGUCUCAUGAACCUAUCAUGAUCUCCGU